AUGGCGAAGGUGUACCAGGCCUGGAAAGGCGACAACGUGUUUUUGUGCUACGGUCGGUACAUAUUCGGUCCCGAUUUCCGCUCGCUGGUGCUCUCGUUCCUGCUCAUCCUUAUACCGGGGAUACUCUUCUGCGUCUUCGUCGCUGCGCAACUUCCUGGGAAGAUUCCCGGAGGCAUCGUCGUGCUUCCCGUCGCGAUCUGCUACAUCGCAUGGAACCUGUUCAUCCUGGUGUUUACAGCAUGCAGAGACCCAGGUAUAGUCCCGCGCAACCUCGUCCCUCCAGACCCUGACCCGGACAUGCUAGAAGCCAUGCGCCUGGAGGGAGGGGGGCUUGCCAUGGGGGGACGGUUCAGCCUGCCAAGAACUAAAGACGUGGAGAUUAACGGGUUCAGAGUGAAGGUUAAAUACUGCGACACAUGCCUGCUGUACAGACCUCCUCGCUGCUCCCACUGCAGUGUGUGCAACAACUGUGUGGAGCGAUUCGACCACCACUGCCCGUGGGUGGGGCAGUGCAUUGGCAAGCGCAACUACCGGUUCUUCUACAUGUUCACGACCACAACGACCCUUCUCUGCCUCUUCGUAUUCGCCAUCAGUGCACUUCUCCUCGCCCUCCUCGUCAAUAACUCUUAUGAGCCGGGAGGGCAGCCCAGGACGCUCUGGGAGGCCAUGGGGAAAGCGCCUGUCGCGGUGAUUCUCAUGGCGUACACGUUUAUAGUCGUGUGGUUCGUCGGAGGGUUGACAGCCUUCCACACAUUUCUCAUGGCAACGAAUCAGACCACGUACGAGAACUUCCGCAUGCGCUACAAGAGGAAAAACAACCCAUACGACAUCGGAAUUCAGCGCAACUUCCAGGAAAUUCUCUGCAGCCCGAUCUCUUCUGCUGCUGCUGUUGGUGGUGGGACAGCUCGCAGUGGGUCUAUUCGCAGGGAUGUGAUAGCGAGGGACGACGUGGGUAGCUCCUCAUCCGCGUUUGAAGCAGCUUAUGCCGCCCUGCUGGCCCAGUAUGCCCUGCAUGGGGAGGGGGAGGAGGUGGUGGGGAAUGGGGAAGGAGGGGAGGGUGGGGGUGAUGGGGGGGGUGCGAAGGUUGAAGCUGGGGAGGGUGUGGGGGAUGGGGAGGGCGCGAAGGGUGCAGGGGAUGGGGAGGAGGGUGGAAGAAGUGGGGAGGAUGUGGGAGGAGGUCGGGGUGAAAAGAGUGGUGAGAAUGAUGGGUCUGAUGGGAAUGGUGAGAAAAAUGGGAGCGAUGGGAACAAGGAGGAUGAGGAGUCUUCCCCUCCGGCUGGUUUAGAGAGUUCUGCUGCUGCUACGGCUGCUCCCGCAAUGACGGAGGCAGCAGCAGCAGCAGCAGCAGCACCAGCACCAGCAGCAGCAGCAGCAGCAGAAGAAGCAGCAGCAGCAGCAGCAGCAGCUAGAGCGAAAUUAGCAGCAGCAGUAGCAGCAGCAGCAGCCGCAUCACCAUCACCAUCACCAGUACCAUCACCAGCCGUAGCACCAGCUUCAGCAGCACUGGCAGCAGCAGCAGGCACAGCGGCUGCCAUACCAGACAGCGUCCUUCUACCAUCACAGGGAACCACUCAUUCCUCCUCCCUAACCUCGCCCCAACCCUCCUCCCGAACCUCCUGCCAACCCUCUUCCCGACCCUCCUCUCGCCCAACCUCCCGACAUGCCUCUCCGACCCCAAGGCCCGGCUCCUGCCAUCCCUCCCCGCCUAGGUUCGGAUCUAGGGGGUGUUCGCCGCUCAAGGGGAUGUUUUCGCCGUCUAGCAGGAGCUUUUCAUCAGGUUACGAGUUAGUGGAAGGUGUGGGUUUGACAGGCGAUGAUGGCGGUGCUGCUGCUGAUGAUAUUAUUGAGAGCAGCGCGUUGGGACGAGCUUCACUAAGUUAG